AGAUGAAUUAUGAAGCGAUUUUACUCAGUUGAAGAUUGAUUUUGUCUUGCAUAAUGAGUAAGUAGUAUAGUGAUUUGUGUUCAAUAUCUGUCCAAAAAGUUUUACAAAUGCUUCGGAUCGAGACCCACCAAACCAUGAGCAAAGUUCGUGAUACACCAAUCAUCAACAACCACGAUGGGCUUAUUCACGCGCAUAUCUACGCAUACUGUAUGAAAACACAAAAGGCUAGUUCCCCUGGGACCUCUAUUGGGUAAACAAAACGUACAAGCUAAAGAGGUCUAUUCCAUUCCAUAACCUUCUACAUCAUCCGUUCCCAUCACCCCUCCUAUUUCAUUCCAUACUUUUCUUAAGCAUCUCAUCCUCUCCCAUCCCAUCUGAUCCCUGUCUGUCUCAUCCCGUUUAUUUAAUCUUAUUCCAUCUCAUCCCAAUGCACCCCAACCCGAGCUACAACCUAUUUCAUCCCAUCUUAUCAUUAUCAUCAUUAUCAUCAUCAUCAUCGUCAUCAUUAUCAUCACCAUCAUCAUUAUUCUCGUCCUCAUAAUUGAACGAUGCUUUCUUUGACCAAAGAUGUCAUCUCUGGAAAGCUAUAAGUGAAUUAAGCAUUCAAUAUGAUUGGUGUAAGAGGAUAAGGAUAGGAGACCAUGGGAGAAGUGGUUUGAGCCUGUGGUAAAAACAUUUCAAGUAAUUAUAGUGAGUCAGAAACUCUAUUUUAUCAUUCUAGCCUAAAAGCCGGGACAUUUAUUUAUAGUUACUUAUGAAGCUUUUUCCCCAGGUUUUAAUCUGAUUCAGCAGUUGAAAAUAGCGUUGGAGCAGUACCCAGAUGAUGGACAGAUUCUGAAGGUGAGGCAAAGGUUAUUAAAAUAUUCUAAUGUCAACUCAUUAGCGCCAGCCUGAUAUAUGAAAUAUUACUCAACAUAUCAAUCGUGCCUCCUUCCAAAGAGGUUGAAUUGUGAAACAUUUGGUAGCAGACCACUUUCAAGUCUUGAUGACGUAUCGCCCCGGGCCCGGUUGUUCAAAUGUUACAUAGCGCUUUCAACCGAAUAAAUUCAUGCAACGGAUAAGUAUUAGGAAAACCAAAUGCACUAUCCAGUGGAUAGAGAUUUAUCCGGUGGAUAGCGGUAUCAACCCUUUGAACAACUGGGCCAGAUGUUAGAUAAUUUAUAGCGGGGGCGCAUUGGCCUCUUGUGCAAUAAAAAUGUAUCAGGCCUUUGUUUCUUUUCCCUAUUCUCAAAAUAAAUAAAUAAAUAAAAACGCUUGAUGGCACUCUAUAAAGGUAUAUAGAGGAUAAUAAUACAUGGCCGCGCGGAGAUACAAAAUUUAUCUUCGAGUGUUGAAAAAUAUUUCACGAGUGGGCACAGCGAACGAGUGAAACAUUUUUUCAACACUAGAAGAGAAAUUUCGUAUCUCCAAGCGGCCAUGUAAUGCUCUAUUUAUUAUAUAAACACAGGAGCUAUCUAUUAAGUAGCCAUAGCAAUGGUGAUAUUUUCACACGUGAAGAUAUCAAGUUUUCGUGCGAAAGCUCACCUGGUAUUUCAUUGGUGUUUAUAUAAUAAUUAAAAAUAUGUAAUGAAUACUUAGUUGGGUUUAUUUGUAUCAGGAGCUCAUUCAAAAUGCAGAAGAUGCUGGUGCAAGUCAAGUUAAAUUUCUUCAUGACCGUCACAGCUAUGGAAAAGAAAAACUACACAGCAAGGAACUCGCUAAGUUUCAGGUCAGCCUACACUGCUAACACCUAUCUACUUAUUUAUCAGUUGGUAUUAAUCUGCAACAGUUUUUAAGAACCCUGGCCCAAUUUUACAACUUUAUUUAAGACCCAACGACGUCAUAUCGGAGAAAACUACUAAGGGAAAAGAAAAAUUCAAAAAAAUGUUUUUGAGUGCAGUUUAUGUGCUUAUUUCACGACUAAAUAAGCGAAAAUGUGUUACUCACGACUACCCGCGAGUAGCUUCAAGGAGGAAGCUUUGUUAUGGGAAGAAAAAACAGCUCGAUCCGUGUAUUUUUCGAAGAAAUGGAAGUUAUUUGGUCAAAGUGUAGGUUCCGAAUGGCGUUUGCAAGCAAAAUAUCAUUCCUUUUGCGUUUUAAGUAUCUACUGCUUGAAAACAUGGUGCAGCAAUACUUACAACUCUAUUGCUCUCUCAAUUACAAAACUGUAGCUCUUUUUAAAUCAGCUAUCUAACUGUAAACGCAAUAUUCUUAACAGGGACCCGCACUUUAUGCUUACAAUAACGCCGAGUUUAAGCACAGUGACUGGGAAGGUAUCAGAAUGUUUUUUGAGAGCGAAAAGGUCAAAGAUCUAGUACAAAAGGAUUGUUUUGGUCUGGGGUUCAAGUCGGUGUUCCAUGUUACAGGUAAGAACACGCGUUCACUGAGGCGGUUAUUUAUUUCUUUCUCUUAACCGCAAAAUUAGCCACCAAAAGACCCUAAAAAACGGGCAUUAACUUCAAUUUAUACACCAAUACAUUCUAAAACGGAAAAGUCAGAAGCUAUAAUUUAAGAAUAAUGCAAGAAUAUGUUUAGCCUAAAGUCGGCAGACCAAUAAGAAUAUUCAGCCUGGGCAGGAAAAACAACAUUCUCUUUAAAAGAAAGAGUGUACUACCUUUUCUCAAUACACUACAAGUGUAGUUCAUCCAAUGUGAAUGACAACAGCGUGUAACAUUAAAAUAGGUUCACUUUGUUAAUGUUAUGCUUGCUCAAGUAACAAUACUUCAUCUCUAGUUGAUUCUCAUAUCGCAUUCUUACUUAACCACAGAUCUACCAAGUAUCAUGAGCACCUCGCAGAUCGGCAUAAUUGAUCCACACGAGAAAUGCUUUGAAGAAGGAGGUACAGGAUACAGCUGGGACGUAAGAGAUGACAGUGAUAUCAUGAACGCCAUACCAGACCAGUUUGCUCCUUACAGGGGAGUAUUUGACGGCCCAGAGGACAUUUUCACCACCGGCUCAUACAACGGUACUCUUUUCCGCUUUCCACUACGAACUGAGCCGUCCAAGUUAUCAGAGACUUUGUAUUCUGCCGAAAAGAUUAACGAUUUGUUCAAUAGCUUCAUGGCUGAUGCCCACUUGGUUCUACUGUUUAUGCAGCAUCUUGAAAGUAUUGAACUGUAUGCUCGUGAAGAGUUGGAAAGGGAACCCAGAAGAAUGUUUCAAGUCAGAGUAUCCGAAGAAAGCCUUCCGUUGGUAAGAGAAAAGAGAAAGGAGUUUCAAGAAACAGUCCCUAGCGGUCAGCUUUUACCCCACUCAGUCCACGUCACUUAUCCAAUUACGAUUGAGACAGUACAAUAUCACCAAGGGGAAGAAGCAGGCAAAUACAGUCAUUCGUACCUUGUAACCAAUUACGUUUGUGGCGGAGAUUUAUCGUCUGAAUUUCAAAAGCUUGUUGUGGAUCCAAGUCUCAGCUACCUACCAAAAGUUGGCGUUGCCAUGGCAUUGCCCUCAAGUCCCCAGGAUUCCGUCCCAGAAAUUCAAGGUCACGUGUUUUGUGUCUUACCGUUACCGGUGCAGAAGACCAGUUUGACAGGUUUGCCGGUUCAUGUGAAUGGCUUCUUUGCCCUGACUCAGAAUAGAGGUCAAAUCAAGUUUCCAACCGCAGGACAGGAAGGUCAACCUUUAACUGACAAAUCCUUAAAAUGGAAUCAGUGUCUUUUAGAGGAGGCCAUACCCCAAGCCUAUGCCACGAUGAUUUUAGAAGCCAUCAACGCCAAGAGCUUCAAAGUGCAGGCAGCGACCGUUUACCAGUAAGUGAUAACUGUAAGAAACUGUAAAGCCAGGUGUCAAUUUAAUAAAACUUUCACAAGUGUAAUUUUCAAGUGGAGCUAUUGUUUUGAAGUCUGAAGACAAUAGUACACUUGUGAAUGACGCUUGUAAAAAUUUUAUUAAAUUGACUUAAUUUAGUAAAUCUCAUCUAUGAAACAGAAUUCUACUUCAGUUGGAAAACCAAUAGCUGCCUUACCUCUAAGAAGCACUACAGCUAAGGCUUUCAUAUUAUCGCUGCAAUCGUUAAAAAAGACUAGCUAUUUUAACGAUUAAUUGUCGAAGAGUUUUGUCCAUACAGUCGAACCUCCACUAACGGCCACUUUAUUUUGUCCCGGCGAGUAGUCCAAACAUUGACUCUUUUUUAUACCUCUCUACAACGGCAACGGCCACUGACGCGUGUCACCAACUGCUAAAUACCCUCUCGACAAGUCAGCGACUGAUUAAAAAGUCAAGAAUGGUCAUAAAAUUUGAUCCGUGUGGCACGUCGAUGUGGGUAAUCGUAUUUUGAUUUUGUUUCAUCUAUACUGUUGCAAUAAUUUGUGUACGAUACUUAUUGCGAAUGUUUUUGUGUAUCUUAUCUCUCUAUAUUAUUUAUGACUGGAUUACCAUUAUGUGACUCAGUAACCAUGACAUUAGCACGAUAAACGUGUUAUACUCCUUCCAAAAAAAUUGGCAUGUUACUCCCCCGCUACCUCCCCAUAACGGCUGCCUCUCCACAACGGCCACUUUCUUCUGUCCCCAAGGUAGCCUUUGUGGAGAGGUUCGACUGUAUAUUUGCUGUGUUCUCUGGACAUAUUUCUCUGAGUUCCUAGUCAUCAUAUGGACACCAGCAGCCUUGAGGAGACAAACCGAAGCGAUAUUUCAUUAUGCCGCCUCCAACGAAAUUUUAUUGGCCUGUGUCAUUGCACCCAUUACCUUAACGGCUUUCUUUUUUUAUCCAUUUUAACAAUGAUGAUUCAUUUACGUUGUUACAGAGCGUGGCCAGAUUUCAGACGAGUCAACCAGAAAUGGAAGAGCGUUGUAGAACCAUUGUUUCAGAUCCUGAAAGGCAAGGAAAUUGUCUACACCAAAGUCAAUGGGGGAAAAUGGCUUCUUGUUGAAAAUGCAAUUUUCAACCAGGUACCUGAAAAACAUCUUAAAGAGCUACUUGAAAGUGUCUUACUUGCAGCAAAUGUUCCAGUUGUCUCUGUACAAAGCCACGUUAUAGAUGCCAUCAGCUCUUUUACCGACGCUAAGGAUAUCAAGAAUAUCACAGCUAGCGUCAUGAGAAAAGAGAUGAGGAACGCUUCAGCUUGUUACAAAAACCUUUUGAGGCAUGAAAAACUGCAGCUUCUUCAGUUCUGUUUACAAGAUCACCAAUAUGAAGACCUUUGCGGCCUGGAGCUUUUGCCUCUCUCCAAUGACAUAUUUACCACAUUUUCAGCCCUUGCCCAUGAAAUCUACAUAAGCUCGCCUGAGCAUUCUCAAGAUCUUCUACCUGGCCUAGAGCACCGCUUCUUGGAUAGAACGGUGGAUUCAGACAUCCGUCAAAAGCUGAAUUGCGCAGUCAGACAAGGUCAGUCAAAGUACAAGGUAGCACUGCUUGGAGACUCCUCUUUGUCGAUGACACCGUUUACUGAGGGAAAAUUUUUCAGGAUUUAUCAUAAGUGCAAAAUUUCAUGCCCUAGUCAUCCCGCCUGCCUUAAUUCUUGGCGCUAAUUUUCUGGUUUUAAAUCGGAUUUAAAAAUACUAGGUUAUCCUUUGGCGACUCCUUUUUAUCCCGUUGAACAAUGUAGUAAUUAGAACAUUUGAGUUUGGAAAUGAUUAAUCUCCUUCAUAACCGCACUAGCUUAAUCUCAUUAAAUGCAUAUAUAGUCCGGAUGAUUGAUACAUUGUGUACCAAGCUACCAGUACCAAUUUGGUUAUUAACAACGCCAUGAUAUUAUCUUUUAGUAGUUUUUUUUUUGUUUCGUGGUGACAUACAAGAAUGUCAAUGCCCAUCGUUUCAAUGAUUCAGAAGCUGUGUCUUGUUAAUAGUUAUCUUAAUUCAAAGGGAGUACCUGACAACAGUAGACAAUUUUGACAGCGGCAGGCACUCCCUCUUUACGCUAAUGAUUUUCUUUCAUAGAAUGCACCCAGCUACGACUUCUCGCCGAAAACGACGUGAUAGUUCUUCUUAAAGAAUCUCUGCCUUCCAACUGGAGUCAAGGAAAAACUGUCCUGUGGCACCCAGAAGACAAAAACCACAACCAUCCCCCAAGAGACUGGAUCAAGCUCAUUUGGAGAUACGUUCGCGACCAUUUCUCUACUGCAGAGGGGCUUUACCGACUUCAGAACUUUUCCUUAAUUCCGGUUAGCAUGAAACAGUCAACUGUUACUUUGCGGCCACUUACUCAGCCUUCCACAGUCGUGGUUAAAAGCUUGGGUGGGAACGUUAUCAAUGAUGCUUUGAUGCAUGUCUUGACAAAGAUGGGCGGGACUGUCUUGACUGAUUGUCCGGACUUUAUACUUGAUCACCCCUCUGUCUUGGAUACUUUUAUGCAUCGUCCCAAUGUCCGAGGUAUUUUUGAGACAAUAGUGAACUUAGACUCCAAGUUCACCACUAAAAAGUUGUCCGAAGUCGUGAGAGGGGUUUCUCCAGGAGAAAAGCGAAGUUUGAGAUCGUUCCUUGCUAAUAUUAAACCAGGGCAGGUAGGAAAAAAAGAAAGCAAUCUCAUGUGCUCUCUUCCGAUUUUUGAGACGUUCUCCAAAAGGUUUGUGUCCAAAAAUGAAGGUCUGCCAGCAGCGGGUAUCGAAUCUCUUCCCAUUCAACCAAGACAGGAACUCAUUGAUAUUUCUCAAGAAGAAUCUAGGAGUCUAGCUCUCCUUCUUGAAGUCCGGAUUCUGAAACCAACAGAAGUGCUCUGCGAAACAGUAUUUCCUGACAUCCAAAACGGCAAGUAUAAUGGUGGGCAGAUUGACAAGUUAAUGUCCUAUGUGCUCACGCAUUUUGCAAACACCGUUCGUUCCGAUGCUUUCUUCAAGCGGGAUAUGCAAGCGUUGCCAUUCUUGCCAAAGGCAAAUAAGAGUCCUCGGGUGAAGACAUCAGAUGUCUUUGAUCCCAGAAAUGAGAGCUUAAGGAAAAUAUUUGUCACCGAAAAUGUUUUUCCCGUCGGCCAGUUGUAUAACGAUCCCAUCGUCCUAAAUGUUUUGGAAGAAAUUGGAAUGAAAAACGAAUCCAAUAUCACAGUGAAAGAUCUCUUUCGAAGCGCUUUAAAAGUUAGUGUGCUUUCAGACCCUUCAACAGCAAGAGAAAAGUCUCAUGCAAUUUUGCAGCAUCUUGAACGUCAUCCACAGAAACUUAAAAGCAAAAUUGAUGGAGAAGAGUUGGGAUCGCUACUGAUGAAAAUCCAUUGGCUGCUACGGUUGCCCCAGAAAACGUCAAACUUUCCGCCCUCACUCCCGUGGUUUGAAACAGGAAAAGGAGAAAGAUCCUUUUUCAAGCCUUCUGAACUGAAGAGCCCUCAACUGAUCAAUCUCAUCGGCACGGUUAAACCGGUCAUAGACUUUGAGUACUCGACUGAAGUCGCGGGAUACUUUGGCUGGCUGAAGAAACCAGACGUCUCUGAUGUAGUUAAGCAUUUGCAGAAGGCAGUCAGGCAUUACAAUGAGGAAGAGAAGGCGUAUUACAGGGUUUUGGUAAACGAAGUCUAUUCGUUUUUGAGCAGUGCAAACUAUGGUGAAGUCUCAGAAGCACUAGAAUAUUCACAGUUCAACUGGGUGUGGAAUGGAGACGGCUUUUCCUCCCCUAGCCACGUGCUUGCCAUUGAUCCGGGCAUUAACCUCGCACCCUUCAUUCGCAUUCUUCCUCCAGAGAUGAUGAAACACUCUCAGAUGUUCUCCAACUUUGGCAUGCGGACAAAAAGUGAUCCAUCUCUUCUAUUGCAAGUUCUUGACUUGAUAAAAGACAAGUACGAUGAUUGUAAUUCCCCAUUUGCAGCCUCUGAAGUAAAACACGAUCUCCAGUUAUCGGUCGACAUUUUGAACGAGUUGGCAAGUAAGGAAUUAUCGCCUGAGGUCCAGAAAAGGAUUCUUCUUCCUGUCCGUGUAAAGGACAAAUUGAAAGUUCAGCUUGCACCAGUCGAGCACUGCAUGUACAAUGAUCAAAAAGAGGGGCUUCACAGUGAAGGCGAGAAUGGAGAGCCAAAAUACUAUUACGUGCAUUCUAAUGUACCUAACGACACUGCUGUUCGACUUGGUGUACCAUCGUUAACACAUAGACUGUUGGACCCUGAUGAGCUAUCCAUUGAAGAAGAGUUUGGACAGGAGGAGAAGCUUACUACUCGAUUGAAUCGACUUCUAGAAGACUGCAAUGAUGGUCUUUCAGUUUUAACAGAGCUCGUGAAAAUCGCAGAUGCUGCUGGAGCCACUGAGGUUAAAUUCAUGUACGACGAAAGAACCAACAAGGAUGCUAUGACCUGUCUCAUUAACGAGGGAAUGAAAAAAUGCCAAGGUCCUGCUCUCUGGGUUUACAGCGAUGCAACAUUCAAGGAUGAGGAUUUUGUUAACAUCACAAAGCUUAAUGAAGCAACCAAAGUGCAUUACACUGAGAAGAUCGGUAGAUUUGGACUUGGUUUCAACGCAGUGUAUAACAUUACUGAUGUGCCAAUGUUUGUAAGUAAGAACUAUUUUUUCGUACUUGAUCCUAACACAUCUCACCUGGGAACUGCUAUCAAGGACACAAGAAAGCCAGGUAUGAAGAUUAAUCUCAACAAAAACGUCAGAAACCUGCAGACCUUUAAAAAUCAGUUUAAACCAUUCAAUGGCGUAUUUGGCUGUGAUUUGAGUCAUGACAGGGAAGACUACUCGUACGAUGGUACGCUUUUCAGAUUGCCAUUGAGAACAAGGGAACAGGCAGCAGUCAGUGAGCUCAUAGAAAAGUUUUACGACGAACACGAAAUAAGGAAACUGUUUGAAAUGUUUCUCGAGAAAGCGAACACUGUUCUUCUUUUUACGCAAAACGUAUUCCGCGUUGGAAUGUACUUUUUACCAAAAUCUUCAGAACAGAAUAUACAACCGUUGCUAAUGUUUCAGGUCAACAAAUCACUCGCCCAAGGAGGAAUACUGAGAGAACUGUCUUUCCCUAUCGCACUAGCAGACACUUCGAACAAACUAAGUGCAGAACAGAAGAAGUUGUUGGUGCAUUCUAAUUUUCUUCAAGCAUCAUCCAAGGUUAAAAUACUUUCCAACAGCAGAAGAGUCAAACCAAGUGAAUUCCCUGAAUCAUCCAUUGUCGUUGAUGUGGAAUGCGUUUUAACUCAGUUUGGAGUCAGUUUUUUUCAAAAAGAGAAGCCCCCUGGAAGAAAACGUGAAAGCUGGUUGAUCGUGUCCUCAAUGGGGUGUGGAGAGUCUUUGAAGUUUUCUGAAGGCAAUCCUAAUCUUCUUCCGUCCGGGGGGGUAGCUGCUCAGCUAUUUAGUUUGGAUUGCAACACCUUUUUGCCCACAUCAGCAAAGAAUGGAACGGUUUUCUGCUCUCUUCCACUACCGAUUCACAGUGGCCUGCCAGUUUGCAUAAAUGGUGAAUUUGCAGUAGAUUCUAAGAGGCGUCGUUUGCAGGGCAAACUUGAAGAGGACAAGACAUGCUAUGGCGAGGAAUGGAAUAAUGUUCUAAUGACUGAUUCCAUAUCUACUGCUUAUCUGUGCCUCCUUGAGGACCUUAAGAAAAUUCUCCCUGAAGACGGAUCUUAUGUUUUCCAUUCACUGUGGCCGAGGGCUUCUGACGUAAGCGAACAAUGCUGGUCUAUUACAGAGUCAUUCUACAAGCAAAUUGCUUAUGGAUCUCAUGCUCUGUUUUCCAAUGGAAAAAAAUGGGUUGACAUUACUCGAGUGGUUUUUCUCCAUCCAGAACUUCGAAUGGAUCCUAAAAUUGGAGAAAUUUCGUUUGCUGUCUUUUGUAACUUCCCUGAAGGAAAUGACGUGGUGAUUGAUUUGCCAGCCGAAGUAUUCCAGUCUUUUGAACGGUGUGAUCUGUUUAAUGUGUUAAGAGGUAAAACAUACGACAGGCUUCGAUUUUUCCGUGAUGUUUUCUUUCCAAACAUUACAAGGGUUACUUCAGACCACCGGGAUGUUCUUGUGCUGUAUGCACUAAAUCAAAACAACGAGGAGUUGGAAGACUUGGUAAUAAACAACGCCUGCAUUCCAGCUUCACCUGAUGGAAAGAUUCUCAAGCGGCCGAGACAGUUAGUGCAUCCCAACAACGAAUCCUCCUCGUUGUUUUUCCCAGACGAUGGUAGGUUUCCCUUUGGCGAGGAGAAUACAUUUGGCAACCCACAAGUUCUUGCCAAACUAGAGGUACUUGGAAUGAACUCACACGAUCUUCCUUGGGAAGAUAUUGCAGAAAGAGCAGAGAGUAUCCAACGCGUUCAUUCAGUGGACAGUAACGCGGCAGUUAAGCGUGCUAAGUUUUUGAUAGAAUUCGUACAAAAGAAGUUAAAGGUGAAAGACAAAGGCCCCUCGGAAGGAGUCAUUUCUCGCAUUGUCAAGGCUGAGUUUCUCCCAGUACUAGAGAGACCGAAAUCAUUUCCCCUUCGCUGGAAAAGCGAAGAUUAUCGAAUAUCUCGAAGGCUUUUCGCAUCCCCGAAGGACGUCUUUCUUCCUUCCGACAAAUACCUGGUGUGUUGUACGGAGUUAGUUGUCGACCUAGACAUCCCCAAGAGGGCGACAGAAUUGCUAAGAUUACUCGAAAAAAGAGUUACUACAGAGCACGUGAUGAAACAACUAAGCGAAGCCAUUUCCGCCAGCAUUGGUACAAUGGAUCGUAAAAGUUUAGACGAAGUGAGCUGCGUUUGCACAGAGGCGUAUUCUUUUCUACAAGAAAAUAUUGCCAACUGUACGUCAUCCGUUGAAGAAUUCCUUUCUACGAAGCCGUUCAUUUUAGUUGGAAGGCGCUUUCUGUCCGCAGAUGAGGUCGCCUUUGAGUUGAAGACCGAUUGUUCCCCUUUCCUUAAUAAACUUCCAGAAACUUUAUCCGAUUCUUACGCCAAACUCCUGAGAUUCAGUGGUGUUAGAGAGCAAUUCGAAGCGAAGGACUACAUUUCAGGUCUUCUAAAAAUGAAACAACAGUUUGCAGAAACACAACUCGAUGAGAAAACCUUGCAAGUGGCAGUCAAUAUGGCUAUCGAACUUGGGGAGACUGUGAGACAUUGUAAUGAAGAAUGGUAUUCCGAGGAAGGAAGCUCGACUUAUAUUUAUCUUCCUGAUUCUGGUGGGAGAAUGCUUGCAGUAGCUGACCUUUGCUACAAGGAUUGUCUCUGGAUGCCUGAUGAUCCAGAGGAACAGUUCGUUUAUGAAGAAAUUCCCUGGUCGACCUGUGAACAACUGGGAGUUAAAACACGCCGAGAAAGGGUCUUGCAACAACACGAUAGUGGCUUUCCUUUUGGGCAAAAGGAAGAGCUCACAGAUCAAUUGAAACGGAUUUUGACAGGCCACCAAGGCGAGAAAGAGCUUUUAAAACAGCUUCUUCAGAAUGCAGAUGAUGCACAAGCAACCGAAAUUUGCUUCAUCAAGGAUCCUAGACACCACCCUGAUGAAAGAGUGUUCCAAGAAAGUUGGAAGUCUCUGCAAGGUCCUGCACUUUGUGUGUAUGUCAACAGACCAUUUACCAAUGGGGACAUUAAAGGAAUUUGUAACUUUGGCAUGGGCAGCAAAGGAGAAGAUCCAAACAAGACUGGUCAGUAUGGAUUCGGGUUUAAUGCUGUGUACCACGUGACUGAUGUGCCGUCUUUCAGGUCGAAGGGUGAAGAAACUGGAGAUGUUUUCUGCGUGUUUGACCCUCACUGCAAGUACGUUCCGUUUGCAAGUGAUGCAAAACCAGGAAGAAUGUACAGAGACAUCCAUAGGUUGAAGAAAAAGUUUCCAGAUGUUUUUCCCUGUUAUCUUGAAGAGUUGUUUGCCAUAAAGAAUGCAACAAUGUUUCGAUUUCCGCUGAAGACACAGGAAAUGGCUGAAGAAUCCAAAAUAUCAAAGAAACCUGUUUCCGUGCAUCAACUCGAUGGAAUGAUGAAAGAUCUGAAGAUGGAGAUGUUCGACGUUCUUCUGUUCGUUAACAAUGUGAGCAAGAUUAGCAUUGCAGAGAUAGACAGAAGUGAAAAACUAGCAGAGUUCUACUCCGUUGAAGUUGUUAUGACUCAAGAAGAUGAGAGGAUAAGGCAAUGUUUCGCUGAUUACAUGAAUCAAGUUGGAACGCAAUCCAAACACGACGAUUUCCUCCCUACAAGUAUACAACCGAAAAAGUGCAUUUAUACCAUGACACUUCGUGACAGCGCUGGUGAGGAGGAGACUUGGUUGAUUGUUCAACAGGUCGGCUUUGAGAAGCCUGUCGAAAAGAGUAUUGUUGAAGCUUUCAGAGAGAAAAACCUUGGGAUGUUACCUCGCGGUGGUGUGGCUUGCCUUUUAAGCAGCAGCAGGUCAUCUGGGCAGCGAAAAGAUAACGAAGGUAAAGCGUACUGCUUUCUUCCACUACCCUUCAGAACCAAUUUGCCCGUUUAUAUCAAUGGUCACUUUGCUUUGGACCAUGAGGCCAGAAGAAAUUUGUGGCAGGAUGAAGAUGAUGGCUAUCGGAGUGACUGGAAUAAAGCCCUGCUACGAGAUGUGAUCACCUCCUGCUACCUCACGCUCCUGGACAAGGUACGAGGAUACAUUCAGCUGCCAGUUGGGAAGGAUGUUGCAGGUCAAUACUCCACCUUUAGCAAAAGCGAGAUCAAGAAAAGGCUAACUUCCUAUGAAAGCCUUUUCCCCAGGUACCCCUUUGAAGAUUCUCUCUGGAAGGCGUUAGCUGAUUCCAUGUACCAAGAAAUGAGCAAGAAGAAGAUGCGCCUAAUUCCAGUAGUGAGGUCUUUGAAACAAAUGUCAGAUGGCCGUGCUAAAAAUUUGAAAUCAGAAGUAACAUGGUUUCCACCGCAAGGCACAGGCAAGAACCAAGUAUUCUUCAACAAUCUCGAAAUCGAAGGCUGCUUUGCUUCACUUUCUCUAAGGCCAAGUAUUGAAGAGGAGCAAAGGAGAAAGAAAGAGGAAGCCCGGAUUAGGCGAAAACAGCAAUUCGAAGAAACGAUGCUACGAACUGGGUUCAAUUUAGUGACACUAUCAAUCACCGUCUUCCGUUCAUUCAAAGAAGCGGGAGUAGAGGUUUGCUGUCUAUGUCCUCUUGUUGUUAUGGACUUCUUCAAGUCUUUUAAUGAUGUAAAUUCGCUUUGCAGUAUUGGCGAGAUCCCGUUUCCUAUUGACAAGACUCCAUUCAAGGACAAAGGGGCAGUAAUUGGCAUUCUGAAGUACUGUAGGGCUGAUGAACAUUUUCUGGAGAAUCUCGCGGGUCUUCCAUUGCUUCUCACACAAGAUAACUACCUACGCGUAUUUAGCGAGAAAGAACCUCGGUGUUUGAGUCAUUUUUACGAUACUUUACCACAAUCGCCGUCAUUAUUUGUGCACAAAAGAGUCCACUGCGAAGUUUUCAACACUGUUGAUCUUAAAAGAGCCCCUGUUUUCCGACCCCUGGAUGUGCAAAUACUCUCGACAAAUUUGCACCUUACACUUCCUGAAUGCUUCUGUAGCGAGGAUCACUAUAUGAGGUGGUCUCCUGAAGAUCCAAAAUCUCCUUUGCCGAAUCGUCGCUGGAUUUACAGAGUCUGGGACUUUUUGGAGAGAUUUACCAGCAAAACAUUGAGGGAAUCCGACGUAACAGAUGAAAACAAAACUUCGUUCAUUCGUGACCUGCUCAAACCGUUAUCUAAAUGGAGCAUUCUUCCAGCAACAGAGACAAACCAGUUGGUAGAUCAUUAUUUGGUGCCUCUGUCAAUGGCGGAGUCGGUUAUUGAUUAUGGUGAUUGUAGUCAAUCAAGCAAGAAGUUGGUCGUGGCUUUAAAAGGUUUGACAUUGCCUGAACUUAACUCAGCUGUGAUGGCAUCCAACAGCGCUGAUGAGUUGUCCUACACGAAGACGGAUUCAUACAUUUUCGCUUGUUGUCUAGUAGCGACUUUGAAGACACCUCAUUCGCUUCUAACGACGCUUAAUCAGAAACUCAAGAAGAAUCCCGACUCUCUUAGUGAUAAACUUAAGUGCAUGGAAGCUGAAAGCAUUCUUAAUUACUUUAGCCGCAGUGUCAAGGAUUUAGUAGACGACGACAAAGAAACACUAAGGAAGCUUCCUUUCUUUCCACUGGCGGGCGGAAGGCUUGGAUUAGUACAGGAAAGAGACGUGUUUGUUCUACCUGCUGAGAUCCCCAAGGACGAGAUGGAUGCUGUGGAAUCCAGAUUUGGCUGUUUGUUUCUAGAACCUCGUCAAAGUUUGUCGGACUUGUAUGAAUUCCUCGGAUUUCACCAAUUACCACCUGCAAAUGCAUAUCUAAAAUUCAUUUUGAAAUGUUUUCAGCAUCUUAGUUUAGAGGGAAAAUUGGCUCAUCUUCGAUACCUUCGGGGUUUGGUUUUCACGGCAAGUGUACCAGGGAAGGAAAACAAAGCAAUUGAAAAAGAACAACUGCUAGGCUAUCUGAAAGUAGUUCCAUUUAUCCAAGCAGUGGAUGGCUUCUGGAAGACAGCGUCUAGUUUCUACGACCCCCGUAAUGAAGUUUUCCGUACUAUGUUAUCAGCGGACAGUUUUCCACCAGAAAUUUUCAACACUAACGAAUGGCUGCCCUUUUUGGAGAAGAUAGGCCUAAUUACAGAUGUUUCCCAGGACGAUUUUGUGAAGUUCGCUCUCCAAGUCGCAAAUGAAGCUGAAUCAGCACGCACUGAAGAGACCUACAAGAAGUCCGAAGUUCUAGUGAAUAACCUUCUCUCCUGGCCUAAUGUUGUAGAAAAAGGGCUCUUAACUCGAGUUCGUAGCAUUCCUUUUGUGGCAUCAGAGCCAGUAAGAGAGUCCCUAGAAGCACUAUGUCCACCAUUUGGUGAAAUGAAGAACGGCAAAAUCCCAUUUAUUCCAUUUAGUGGUGCAGUACCAAUGGAUUAUGAAGAAAUUGUAUGGACCAAAGCGUAUUUGCUUCCAGCUUGGGCGGAUCCAAGGUUUAGUUACAGAGCCAUUGCGAGUGGGGGUCCUCAUCAAAAGACAGAAAAGUAUCUCGAAAGUUUCCUGGCCCAGCUCAACGUUAUUAAGGAGCCAUCAAUUCGACUUGUCAUCGGCCACUGUCAGACGGUAAGUGGCAUAGGAGAUCUCAGCGAUAAGAACCCUUCCACUGUCAUACGGGUUAUGGAACGCAUUUACACAUUUCUGCAGCAAAAGGCAGCCAGUGAACCUGAUUUGAAUAUCUUGCUCCAAAGCACACGUUGUAUCUUGGUGGAGCGAGGGAAAAGGUUCAUCCUUCCUAAACAAGCCGUCCUUGAGCUCUACGAGGAUCUUGAGAUAAAGCCAUUCCUGUACAGAGUACCUCCUGAAUUUGGCAAGUUUCAGUCUUUGUUUAAGCUUCUGGGCUGCUCCAAGACUGUAACCUCUGCACACUACGCAAUGGUCUUAGAGCUUUUGCAGAAAAAGUGCCAAGAAGCAAAGCUACAGCCACACGAAAUCCAAAUGUGUUGUAAGGCGGUUAGAGGACUAUUUAACAGUUUGCAGGACGAUGAUGAAAGUGUAAAAACGCUCCCUAAAUUGUACCCACCAGCAGUGUAUCCAGAAUGCGGCUCUCCGAUCAAACCACUAGAAGCUAACCCUGUUACUUUGCAUCCAUCAGAAGAGCUUAUAUUUGAUGACGCUCCAACCUAUGGCAGUCGGAUUCACGGGAUCGACCAGCUGUUCGUGCCUGACCUUAGCCUGAUGGAAGUAAACUUAAAAUCAGCCAUGACGAGCUUUAAAGAUCUCAUGAUGAAAUUGCCUUCCUCUUUACAACCACAAAUGUUAUCGUCAGUGGUGAAAGAGUCGCUCACCUCCCCAGAGAGCCUAGAAUUAGUAUCAAUUGAGGCAGUGAAUGCACUGAAACGGCAACUCAAGUCUGUGCAGUUUGGACAUGGAUUUGCGAGAAUCAUAAGAGACGCCAAUUAUCAGAAAAAAGGCUUCGAUGAAGGGGUUAUAGAAGGUGUUGAAAGCGGACUCCGAAGCAUUGAACUCUUAUCUGUGAAAAGCCUUAAAACGUCUCUUUAUCACAAUGACAUCCUUAUUCCUGAGAGUGAGCAAUCAGUGCUAUAUUUCAAAGAGAAGUUGGAGCUACCUGGCGGGGAAACGUGGAGAGUUUAUAUCAAUGCGCUAACUGGAAUAGAUGAAACCAUUUGGACACUGGUAGCCAAUAUUAUCGUGGGAAUGUACGGGGAAUUCCUCGGUAAGAAUUCCUAUGUCAUUACCGGUAUGUUACUUUGUCCUCCCUCGAGCAUCUGGGCACUCUUGGACAAGAUGGGUAUAAGUAAAGAUGACAGUUACGGCGCAGCACAAAUGGAAAUCUAUCCACAACCCGGUACCUAUAUUCCAGUUGAAGAUCAGCAUCUGUUGAAUGACGCUUUUGAGGAAAUUGAACCCGGGCAAUACGUAGGUUAUCAGCUGAAUGACCCAAGUCUACAGGAGGAGGAAGGCUCUGCAAUCUACAUCUACGCUAUUGUUACUGAGAAGGAAGUAUCAAACACAGAUGCUGAGAUAUUGUUGAAAUCAUACAGGAUCGACAUUGGGCAUAACAAGGAGCCAGUUGAGGUCAAGGCUGCUCGCUUGCAUACAUUUCACCGAUUGGAAGAGAUAUUUAACGAGCAGGAGGAAUUACACGAAGAUAAAGAAGAAGUGUGUAAAGAGAUCUCUGCCACUCUCGAGCUCGCAUGGGAACUAGUAGGGGAAGAAAGAGAUCAAAUUGUCAAGCGUUUGUUUUUGCGUUGGUUUCCAAAGGAGAAUGUUCAUAAUUUGGAGUUGUUCGCAGCGACCUCUGAGCAUUUGAGGAAAGAAGUUUCUAGACUCAAUGGUUUCAACGAUUCUUUGUUUGCUUCAUGGGUAGCCCUUGUAAGAGAACGAGAAUAUCAGAGAGAAACUUACCGAGAAAACUUCCGCAAAAAGUACGGUUCAUGGAAGUCUUCAUCAGGCCGUAGGUCAGGAUACAGUUUUCCUCCAAGUUUCUGUCAUCAAAAUUCUCAGCCAGCAGAGGCCAAGCGCUGGUUCAGACAAGCUAAAGCUGAUCUUGAGGCUGGCACCAGGGAAUUCUCCUUCGGCAGAGAUUCAUAUGAAUGGGUUUGCUUUAAAUGCUACCAGGUAAUCCUGCAUUUUAUCCUGAUAUAUUUCCAAUGUAUAUUGUUCCAGCCCAGUGCGGUAUAAAGAAUGUUGAGUUUAUUCUACAACCAUAAGGGGCGUCUUUUUUGCCGGUAAAUCAACAACAAGAAUUCCGUCUUUAACUCUUUUAAUAUUUAAAUAAACAGCAUCGGAAAACAGCAGUAAAAGUUAAAAACACUUCUUAUGCCAAGAUAUUGACAAACACAAUCGAAGUUGACUUUCAAAGGAAAUCUUAUACCACUUUUGGUUAAGCUAAAGUCGACACUUUUAUUAAAGGGACAUUGAAAGGUCGCCGAGGGGAAGCAAGUCAUUUCUGCUUAAAAAUCAUACGUUAUAGGCUAGGUCAUUAGCACACUCCGAUCUAAUUAGCCAAUAUUAAUGAACUUCCAGAAUUUUUCACAGAGGACGUAAGUCUCAAUACUAAAAGAGCACAAAGCAAGUAGGUGUGCGAUCUUAGGGUUUCUUAAGAACAUUUUAAGUUCCUCCAAUACGAUUAGGGUGCUUUUUUACGCUUUUGGCUUGGAGUUGCAUAUAUGUCCAUUGUAGCUCUAAAACACACGGAUGGAAGAACCAUUUGCUUACAAUGGAGUAUGCAAAGUUUCAUUGUGGCAUAUCCAAUCUCGUGGAAACAACACGAGGAGUCGUUCUUUCCUGGGAUCAUCAGGUAGCCCCAAACCAAAACAUUCUUUCAUCUACUAUUAUUUAAUUACGUGUGGUUGUUUAUGUCUUUUCAGGCAGCGGAAAAGGCCCUUAAAGCCAUGCAAUAUAAUGUGGACGCAAACCAGAAGACGAAUGACCACAAUUUGUGUCAAAAUUGCUAUGAUUUUGAUGACCCUGAAUUAACCCAGUUAGCGGGUCAACUGGAAUGUCUUGUAGUUAAUUCUGCACACAUGCGAUAUCCUGACGCUAUGUCAUACCCCAAGAUACCAAAUGACGUGUAUACAGCAGAAAAGGCAGAGAAGGCCCUGGACUUAGCAAGAGACAUUCUGGAGAGAGUGAAAGUCGAAUUGACUUAGUUAAAGGUAUGUGUGAUAUUACUCUCAUUUUUUGUAGUCCAGAAAUAAGACAAUAUGGCUUACGGCGAGAAUGGAAAGGUUGAAGAAACCAAACUACACCAGCUGAUUUCAAGAUUCGUUAUGAACUCAAAGACUCAAAAGCUCAUGGCGGCCUAUGAACGACCUCACAGAACAUCCUCUGCUAAAGUCACAACAACGGAGUUCCAGUGCCCCAUCUGUUUCAGACUCUGCGCUUCCAGACUGGGUUUACAGAGCCACCAGAGAAUCCAUAGAUGAUACCACAUCACACAGUCUUCUUAUACGAAGGACAACCACCAUGCCAUGUAUGAACACAGUUAAGGUGGCUCAAUAGGGUUUUUCAGGAUUAAUACCUCCCAAGUUGGAACUUUUUCCUCCAAUAGCCGCCUCGAUGUUCGUGACCUUUGAAGGAAAUCUGUAAGAGUGUGAACGAGAUAUUUUGGGAUGAAGUCUUUGAGGACAUAAUUACGGUAAAAACUGGACAAUCUUAAUGUUUGGCCGUUAUCUGUAGAAAACGAAGCGCUUUUGAGAUGCAAUUUCACCUCAUAAUAGUUUCAAUCUUUUUUAAAACGAGUGUAAAAGAUCAUGGAGAUAGCUCUAGCCGAUUGCUAGAAAGAAGGAUUUGAUUAGUAUGUAUCGAGGCGCUCUUGUUUAAGGUUUUCAAAUGAGCAAAUAAUUUUUAAACCACUCGAUAGAUUGAGAUUUUUGAGAUCAACCGUCGUUUUAUAUGACCUUUGAGUUUCAAGAUUAUUGAUAUAUUGUAAGCCAGUAAAAUAAGAGUUACAAUUCGUUAAGUUUGUGUCAGAAAAUUCUUGUUUAUAAGUGAGAACCUCUCACUGUUCAGGGGUAUUGUCUCCAAGUUUCAUAUUUUCGUAGACAACAAUAUCUAACAUUUCUGCAUAUUUCCAAUGCAUUGCUACUUACUGCUGUUCACGUGAAAAUGAAACUUGGAAACCAUAUCAAAGCUCUUCGUUUGCUACAGAUUACGGCCGAACAUGGCAUUCGAUUGAUUCGAGUUACCCUUACGUCUCACAAAUUUCAGCAAACUAAUAACUUUGAUGUUAAGGCUUUUCAUUUAUCUUCACAUUUUAUGAACCGGGGUGACCUCACUAUUUCCCACUGAAAGAGAGUGAGAGGGCGUCUUAUCAGAGGCGGUGGCUUAUCAUAGGGAUUUCUUGCUCUAACUCGACUGGACCUGUGAAACGCGGUAUAUCGAUGGGCUACAUUGCCAAGCUUUAAGAGUUCAUGCCAUUACAUUGUAAUUCGUGUCGUUCUACCUCAUCAAAAAAAUAUCCAGUUUCUUCAAACGUUUGGAAAAAUAUUCAUUUCAGAAAUAUUGAUGUGAAGCAUUUUCUUUUCUUUUUCAGUAUUCUUCUAUCCUUGAAAGAUGAGUUGCGAAUCAGACCACAUUUAAAGUAGAGUGGCUCUGCAGUUCCAUUCGAUCUUAGAAGAAGUUAGACUAAUUUUUGCCAGUAGAGAAAAUUAUGCUCGAGUUUAGUAGUCUCAUUGCAAUGCCAGCUUAAGGCCCGUCCACAGUAUUUCCAGAUCAUUUUUAAAUACAUUUCCCACUUUUGCAUACAGACCACACUAAAAAGGUGUUUUUGUCCACCGAAAGAUAAUCUUCAGAUUGGAAGAAUAGCCGGUGUUUUCAGUGAAAACACCGGCUAGGUGAUGUAGGAUGCGUGGAUCGUCGAGAACGCUGGCGUUAAAAUUAAAUGGCCAUAUGUUAUUGCCUUGCUGGCGUGUUUUAAGGUAACGUUUGUUUACAAUUCUAUUCAAGCCGAGUGUCGAGGAAUCGUCUCGUUUUUGAAGUUUUCCGGAUCACUGUGGACGGUAUAAAGCAAUGAAAUGAUAUACAAACGAUAGUGCAUUUUACUUGUUUUCAAAUUCAUUCGACUUGUGGAUGGGGCUUAUACAUUGGGUAUGGCUUAUACAUAUAUGGGCCGCUGCAUGUUAGAUAUGAACUUUGAAGCUGGUGAAGUACAGCUAAUAGCAACGUAGAGGAUAUUAGUUCGUUUCAGUUUUGCAAAAAAUCAGUUUGCAUAGUCUUAUCAUUUACAAAGGUGACACGAGUAACAAACGUUUCUUGUGUUAUGUUGCUUUUUUAACACUUUUUUUAAAAUUUAAAUUCUUUUUGUCUGUAAUUUCGAUUUCUUUAGGCUCAGGAACAAAUCUAUAGUUUCUUGCACCAUCAAGAAAUAAUUUUCAAUGGUUUUUAGAGGGUUUACCUAGAGUACCAAACACUCAAGAGUUUGUUUGUUCGUGUUUUGAUUUAGUAACGUACAUGUACACUGACGUCGUUACUCAUGAGGCGCAACGCACGGAAAACCUGAUUCUGUGGUCCAAAGGGACAUACAUCUCGUUGGAAGCCGUCAUGUCAAUAUUUGACAGUUUUUUAGUUUUUUGAUUCGAAAACUGUUGUGAAUAUGCUUAAGAUUAACG